GAGGUUUUAGUUCGGUUUUAGCUCUGAUUCCGUGAGGACGCUCGCCAGGCGAACCGCUCCGCGUUCCGUUCCGUUAUUCGACUGCCUCGCAAGGAGCCUACCGCUCACCCACACUCCUGCAAAAGCACACACACACAAACACACACACACUCGACUCGCACAGCACUCGUGCCGCGAUAACAACGCCAAAUUAUCGAGUCUGCGCUGCGCCAACAUCCAGCGGAUGGCAAGUGCGAAUCUUAAAGUGGCCCAGCGGCAGUUUCAGUGGCAGUGGCAGUGGCAGUCCUAGACCAGGCCAAGAACCCCAGCCGAAGCGCCCCCUUUUUCGCCCCCAUUUCCGGCGGCUGCGGUCAUGUGAAUAGCCGCCACAAUGCGGCCCUAAUCCAAUACCGGUUGAAAACGCGACAGCCUCGCGGGUGUUUCAAAAAUCAGACAAAAAGUGAUCCCAGCUCAAAAGCUACCAGUGCUCCCCAAACAAAUGUGUCGCAGCAACAGCCGGAGAGGCAGCAACGGUAACUGCUGCGCUUUAUAGUGCAUCAUCGGGUUUUUUUUUUGCCUUGGCUCAACAGAACAGUCCGCUAAUAGCCAACAAAGCGAGCAUAACGGCCAGAAAAAUGGCUUUGCAGCAGCACCAUCAGCAACACCAGCAGCAACAUCAGCAACAGCAGCAGCAACACAUCAAAUGGCAGCAACAUGCAACAAAGCGACGACGCUGCCGUCAACAUUGGAUUAAACAUCUUCAGCUUCUUGGCCUGGCUGUCAUCGUGCUGGCCAGCGGCCCCGCCCCCAGCCACGCCCAGCAGCAGAAGUUCCGGACCACGCCGCACGACCUGCAGGUCCUGGAAGGAGCCGAGGCCAUGAUGCGCUGCGAGGUGGCCAACGUGGCCGGGGCGGUCCAGUGGACCAAGGACGGCUUCGCGCUGGGCUUCUCGGCGGUGAUCCCCGGCUACCCGCGCUACUCGGUCCUCGGCGACCGCAAGCAGGGCAUCUACAACCUGCGCAUCUCGAACGCCUCGAUCAACGACGACGCCGACUACCAGUGCCAGGUGGGACCGGCGCGGCUCAACAGCGCGAUCCGAGCCAAUGCCAAGCUGACCGUCAUAUCUCCGCCAGCCUCGAUCGAGAUCAAAGGUUACAGCCACAAUUCCAAGGUUGAGGUGCGCGAGAACCAGGACCUGCAGCUCAAGUGCAUCGUGGCCAAUGCUAAGCCGGCGGCUCAAAUCGUCUGGUAUCGCGGCAAUGUGGAAUACAAACCAGAAAAACGAGAGGACAUCGUGGAGGAGUCGACGGCCAAGCGGUUCACAACCACCUCGAGCCUUAAACUGAAGCCGGGACCCGACGACGACUACACGGAGUACACGUGCCAGGCGAAGCACAAGGCCUUGUCCCCGGACAUGCCCAUGCGGGCCACCGUUCAACUGUCCGUGUUGUAUCCGCCGGGACCGCCAUAUAUCGAGGGCUAUUCGCCGGGUGAAACUCUACGGCGUGGACAGACCGUGGAGCUCAUGUGCCGGAGUCGAGGUGGCAAUCCCCCUGCCCAGCUCAUCUGGUACAAGAACGGCUCCCAGAUACGCAUGGCAUACAGGACCUCUGGCCGAUUGUCCGAGAACAUCUAUACCUUUACCGCCGAGGCUGGGGACAACAGGGCGCGAUUUCGCUGCGAGGCGAGCAACGUGAUGUCGCAGAAUCCGCUGAAGGCGGAAGUGGAGCUGGCUGUGCUGUUUGCACCCACCCACGUCACCGUAAUGGGACCCACCGAGGCGCGCGUCGGUGAUAUUGUGCCGCUGACAUGCACCACCGCGCCAUCCAAUCCGCCAGCCGAGAUCAAGUGGAUGGUGGGUGGGCGCCAGGUGCGCAACGCUACCUCAAAGACGAUUGUCAGUCCCGAGGGCGGUUGGACGACCACCUCGAACAUCACUGCCACCGUGGAGCCCAACAAGCGCUCACUGGUCGUCAUCUGUCACGGACUCAACAUGCAGCUGACCGAGAACGUCGUCUCCACCCACACGAUCAAUGUCCUGUAUCCGCCCGCGCCGCCAUUAAUUUCUGGCUAUAUGGAGGGACAAAUUAUCCCAGCUGGCUCGGUGCAAAAACUGCUUUGCGUUUCAUCAGGCGGCAAUCCGUUGGCAACGCUAACAUGGUACAAAAACGACAAACGGAUAAACUCGGUCAUACGGGCCGCGGACAAAUCGGUGUCGGCCGAAAUCACCGUUCUGGCCAACGUGUCCGACAACCAGGCCCAGUACCGAUGUGAGGCCUCCAACAGCGCCACCGAAAUCCCGCUCUUCCAGUCCACCACACUCAGUGUCCACUUUGCCCCGGAGACGGUCAAAAUACGCAUUGAACCGGAAGAGCUGCGACCUGGCAUGGAGGCAACCAUCAUCUGCGACUCCAGCUCCAGCAAUCCGCCGGCAAAGCUGUCCUGGUGGAAGGACGGCAUUCCCAUCGAAGGCAUUAAUAACACGUCCAAGCCGGGUCUCUGGGGCGGCACGGUCUCCACGCUGGAGUUCAGGGUAAACAUCACACAGGAAAUGAACGGCCAGGUCUACACCUGCCAGAGCGCCAACGAAGCUCUCCAGCGGAGCGUCCACGAGGCGGUCAGCCUGGAUGUCCUGUAUCGACCCAAGUUCGUGCCGCCACCCUCGUCGACGGUGGUGGGUGCAGAGGGUGAAUCGGUGCAGGUAUCGCUACAAACCAAGGCCAAUCCCACCCCAGUGGAGUACAAGUGGACCAAGGAUGGGGUCACCAUUCCGCAGGACGGCGGCCAUCGUAUCUUCGCCGAUGGUGGCAGCCUGAAUUUCACCCGCCUGCACCGCGAUGACUCGGGGAUCUACUCCUGCAGCGCCUCCAACUCGCAGGGCAAGGCCAGCCUGAACAUCACGCUGAUGGUGGAAUAUGGAACUACCAUCAAGUCGGUGUCGGAGAACAUUGUCGUCAAUCCCGGCGAGGACGCAAUGCUCUCGUGCAGCGUGGAGGGCAAGCCGCUGACCGAGGAGCAUGUGAAGUGGGAGCGGUUGGGCUACGACAUGACCGUGAAGACCUCGACCACCUUCGCCAAUGGCACCUCCUACCUGCACAUCAAGGAUGCCCAGCGCGAGGAUGUGGGUAACUUUCGGUGCGUGGCCGACAAUCGUGUGGCCAAUCCUACAAACCGCGAUAUCCUGCUUAUUGUCAAGUUUGCACCUGAGAUUGCCAAGGCUCCAACGCUUUUGCGAGCUGCCAGCGGGACAGGAGAGCGGGGUCGACUGCCUUGCCGGGCACAGGGUGCACCCAAGCCGCAGUUCAUCUGGCGACAGGACAAGAAGGACCUGCCCAUCAAUCGCACGUACAAGUACGAAGUGGAGGAGCGCAAGAUAGACUCCCUGACCUACGAAUCCUCUCUCAUCGUGGACAAAGUGGCGCCGGCGGACUACGGCGCCUAUGAAUGCGUGGCCCGAAACGAUCUUGGCGAGGCGGUGGAGACGGUGCGUCUGGAAAUCACCUCGCCGCCGGAUCCACCCAUCAGCCUGAAUAUCCUAAACAUCACCCACGACACCGUCACGGUGGCCUGGACUCCGGGCUUCGAUGGUGGCCUCAAGGCCUCCUAUCGAGUGCGCUAUAGGAUGGCCGACCGCGAACAGUACAAAUACAUCGAUGGGCUGCCCAAUAGCCACAAGCUGACCAUCGGCGGGUUGCGCAUGAACACGCUCUAUCUGUUUUCGGUGAUGUCCAAGAACGAGCUGGGCCAGAGCUCCUAUCUGCCCGAUUUGGCACGGGCCGAGACCAAAGAAGCCCCGCCCCCCUCGCAUCCGGCUUCGUCACUGGGAGGCGGACCGCCGACCACCAGCCAGACACCGCUGGGCGGCACUUCGGGCAUGCUCCUGGUGGGCGUGGGCGCCGGCAUAGUCGUUGUCCUGCUCAACGUGUUUGUCAUCGGCUGCUGUCUGCACAAACGGAACGAGAAGCGCCUGAAGCGAGUGGCGGAAACUACAAAUCAACCUGCAAAAACGGCCACAAUCGAGAUGUACGCGCCCAGUUCGUAUAAUGACACCGUCACCGGCGAGACGUUGUCCAGCGUUUCGGAGAAGAGCGAGUCGUACUCCAAUGAGGGCAGCAGCCAGCCGGAAUAUAUUGAUGAGGCGCGCAAAAAGGCGGCUUCCACGUAUUUGGUGGAGGGCUCGGAUAUGCCGCCGCCCAGAUACCAAAAGGAUGGCACCCUGCCAGUCAUAUACCCAAAUAAUAUUGUGAACGCCUGUACACUGCCGCACCCGAGGCACAAUAAUGGCAGCGCCGCCAUCCACAUGACCCGGGAUGAUCAGAUGCUUAUAAGCAAGGGCGUCUAUAUUCCGUCCCCGUCGCCGGCGCCCCCGCCAGAUGGCUCCUACUACAACAUGAACAGCGACCGAUACUUGUCCUAUCCGCCAAUGGAGUACCCGGGCGCUAUGGACUUUACCGCCCAGCCGAUGCCGCUGGCGCACCUGCAGCCCAUCACGGUGACCUCGCUGGCCACCAACGGUGGGGCCACGCUCAUCGGCAACGGAUCGGUGGCAGCGGUGGCCGGCGGAUCGGGCACCCUGCGGCGAGGCAUUCUGCGCGGAGUGGUGGGCGUGCCGCAGCCGGAUGUCACCCACCACACCUCAGCCGUGGGCGGUAGUCCGAUGCAGAUGAUGCACGACCUGCACCCGGUCAACCUGAGCGCCUCCACGCUCACCACCAGCACCACCCUGAACGGCAGUCUUCCCACGGCCACGGCCACGCUGCCCCGCCAGCCACAUGGCAUCCUGAAGGAUCCGAAUCGGAACAAGCAGCAGCAGCAUCAGCAGCAGCAGUUGCUCAACUCUAGUUUGGUGGGUGUGGGCAUGAACGUGGGAGUUCCCGUCUCGGCGCCCAUGGGCAGCCUGCAGAUCCUGAACCUGCCGCCGGCGGGCGUGGGACUGGGUAACAACCUGCUGAUGACCACCAGCGGAGCCUUCGACCCCACGGCGGUGGGCAUGAGCAGCUUCGGCGGAGUGGGCCAGACCGGCGGCAUCCCGGUGGCCUACACCGAUGCGGACGGACACCUUGUAUAGCUGUAGGCGGGAACUGGGGCCAUCAGCAGCAGCAGCGGCAGCAGCUGCAGCAGCAGCACCACCACCACCGUGCGGAUCAUCUCCGGCAGUGAGCCCCGGUUCUGAGCAGCCAUCACCACGUCAGCACACACAUCCUAUCCAGCAUACCCGUACCCGUAUCCGUACUCACACUGUAUCCCAGAUAGUUUAGGAGCUUUCCAUUUCGGCAUCUGGGUCCCCUGUCGCUAGUGUCCCCUGUCCGGCAGCCACAUCCGCAUCCACUCGCCAUUACCUUAUUCAAAUCAGCCAGCGAAUUAGUUUAUGUAAAUUUCCACCCAAUUCUCAAGGCUUCACCCACGUCAAUGUGGGUGUUUAUUUAGAUAAGGAUUCUGAGGGGGAUGGGGGUUGGGGCUUGGGCUCAAGUCACUCUAGGGGAGUGAGCAUAAUUUCGCAGAGAGUUUUACUAAUUAGCCGGCAGCAGCAGCAGCAGGAGAAGCAGGAAGCAGGCGAAAAUAAUUUGAAAUUUCCUUGGGUGGAAAACGCGAAACGGUCCAGAACCGUUUGACAGCUCCCGGGGGAGUGCUUCGGCUCAAGUCGACUGGGCACGUGAUUGCCCUGGACGGCGCCAUCGGCCAUGGUCGCCAUAGCCGAAAGUUGAAGGUUGACAGCCGCUAGCCGCUCGGCGACCCCCAAUCCCAGAUGCGAGUGCUAGAUUUGCCACCUCCCCUUUAAUGGGGCAGCUGAAAAAUCUGGGAAUGGGCCAUCAUUCUGGCAAAAACCCACACAGUGGAGCCUACCAAGCUCAAACUUGAACAUUUAAUGUAGAAACGGGUAAUUUUAGAAGGCAAAUGGGUUUUUAAAGAUAUUUUUCAAAAGACUUAAGUCCAUCUGCUUAAAAAGUAAACCUCAAGACCCGUUUAAUUAUUCAACUGAGCAAACAGACAUUUUUCCUUCCAAAAAAUUCUAUAUUUAUGUGCAGACAUUGAAAACUUUUAUUUUCUCUUCAAAAGAAAAACCGUAUGAGUGUAUUUUUAAGUAGAAAAAAUGUUUUAAGAUUUCUUUUCAAAUUGUCUAAACUUGUCUGAACGAUCAGAUAAAAAAUUCUAAAGAAAUUCGUAAUUUUUUCUUCUUCAAACUAUAGUUUUUGUUUUUUACACAACUUAAUAUAAAAAUUGUUCAAGUUAGGGUGGCAUCUCUGAAGCGUAACAGAAUGAAAAGAACGUCACUGGGAAUUAGCUAAUCUAAGUUAAAGGCUUUAAAAGAAAAGCUAUAGAAUCAGUGUUUUUAUGGAAACUUUCCUACUAUUCUUAGGGAAUGUAAAUUACUGAAAAUCAAGGCUACUUCCAGACUACGCCCUGGAAUUUAAGUUCGCCAGCUCCUCGUCGAGUUGCCCAACUCAAUCUCGUGCAUGGAAGUGCGCAUAUCGCAGAUAUGAAGGGGUGAAGGGGCGGCCACGCCCCCGCAGCCAUUAUAUGCAGAAGCUGGCUGUAUCUUUAUCUAUCCGGGUGCCAUUCGAGUGUCGCUGCCGCACAUAAACAGUUUUCAUUUGCCACUCGUCGCAGCUCAGCGAGCGUGACAUGCCAAUCCUGGCCUGCGUUGCCAUUAGCUCUUCCUUUUUCAGUUCAAGACCAGAAGAAUCCGGGAAUCCCAAGGACCACUCAACCUAUCUCAUUCCGGUCCCUCUCUGCCUCCGCCAGCACAUACCCAUACUCCCAAUAUCCGUAUCUUUGACUUUGUAGCCAAGUUCUUUGGAUCCUCGAGCGUCGUGCAUAAUUGCCAGCAGCACUGUGUGGAUUUUAAUAUUCAUUUGGCUGUAAUUGCUGGAUCCGGGUCUGGAUCGGGGGAGUGCACUAGUGUAGCUAGUGCUAGUCCUUAGUGGAUUAUCGCAAAUGAAUAAAUGCCCUGAUUUCGGGCAUAGAUGGCGGCGGAUUUGCGGAGGUGGGGCUGCACAAACAUCGAGUGUGUAAUUAAAAGUGAAAUUAUCUUUGAAAUUAACGCACGCGUAGACACAGACAAAGAGAAAGAGAAAGGAUGACGGGGAAAAUGAAGAAAAAUUCGCGGAAAACUGAGAAGGAUAUUAA